ACUAGCUGGAAUUUGGACCGUCGCUCUCGCAAGUCGCAACUGAGAUGAACGAAACGUUUGAUUUUGGAGAAGACGCAUCGGGGAAGCGCUACUUUCCGUCUCUCUUACUGCGUUUCCGCAGUCAUCAUGGUGACUGUACGAAUGAUAGAUAUUACGGUUAACUUCACAGAUGGCAUGUUCAGAGGAACCUAUAAUGGCAAGCAACACCAUGUAGCUGACAUACCUGCUGUCCUGACUCGGGCUUGGAACGCAUCAUUUUGUUCUGUAUGGUCAUCUCCAAAUAUGUUUGCUAUUGAGUAUCUCUCCGUUGCAAGUAGGAAAUUUUUGCUUCCUACUGUUUCUUCUGUUGGUCUUGCAAUUGCCGAGACGGAUGGGAGGCUUUUCUGUACUGUUGGUGUGCACCCUACUAGAUGCAAGGAAUUUGAAGAAAGUGGGGAUCCGGAGAACCAUUUCCAAGCUCUGUUGUCGUUGGCCAAAGAAGGAAUUCGGAAAGGAAAGGUUGUGGCGGUUGGUGAGUGUGGACUGGACUAUGACAGGCUCCACCUUUUCCCUGCUGAGAUUCAAAAGAAGUAUUUUGAGAAGCAGUUUGAAUUAGCACAUCCCACAAAGCUGCCUAUUUUCCUUCAUAUGCGUGCAGCUGCCGAGGACUUCUGUGAGAUCAUGGAGCGUUACAAGGACAGGUUUACUGGUGGUGUAACGCAUUCCUUUACUGGUAGCGCAGAUGAUCGUGAUAAACUUGCAUUCAGAAAUAUGUAUAUAGGUGAAAUACUCUCAUUGGCGGAAUUUUCAAGCUUCCUUUUCCUUUCACUGAUGUCUUUAUUGUACAUUUCCUUGGAUUUAGUUAGCUUCUUGUGAAAGAACUUACUUGUUUUUCUCUGUGUGAGACUCGAAUAUAUGCAACUGCCUUUACUUUUUCUAGCCUUCUAAUUAAGAGUGAUUUCUCAAUUAUUGCUCAUAAAACUGAAAGUGGAAGGAAAGGUCAACUUCGUUCCCAUUCCAAACCCACAAAACUUGAUUGGUAAUUGAGUUUCUCACCAAGCUUUCCGCUGUAAAUGGUUGCUCUCUGAAAACAACUGAGAACCUCGAAGUUGUGAGGGACAUUCCCAUUCAACAUGUAAAAUCAUCAUGGCCUUCCAGAAAGAAAGAGAAGUAUGAACCAGGGUCCAUUGUGAGGCCGGAAUUAACCUUGUUUAGUUCGGCAAGUUUUAGAGGUCGUGGCAGGUGCAAAGGCUUCAGUGAUACAGAAGAAAUGAUCAGAAUCAUCUACCACAGCACCUGCAGGCAUGUGCCUUCUCAACGACCCUGAAAUUUCCUGCCCGACUAACUAGCCUGGGGAAAUAAAACUAGUGACCAAAGACUGCUGCUGUAUGUAAUCCAAUAUCCUUCUUGUCAGAAUGUUCUUUCCGCAGGACGUGGAUUCUUCUGCGG